AUGGACGGAGCUCCUAGAGGUCGUGGCGCGAGAGGGCGUGGUGCUAGAGGUCGUGGCGGCAGAGUUGGCCGUGGCGGCAGAGCUGGUGGUAGAGCUGGAGGCCGAGCAGGCCGAGGUCGUGGUCGUGGACUUCCGGAGGAGUCGGGAGAGAGUGCGGCACCGAGUGUGCAUACUGCGUCGGUGACCCAGUCAGUUCCGUUGGCGGGUGAUGCCAGUGCGAGUGUUGGUUUGGGAGCGGGGGCUGCUCCGGGUGGGGGUGGCGCUCCGGCUCCGGGUCGUGAUGACUUAGUGGUGGGGUUGCUGACGCAGCUAUUGGCUCGUUUUCCGCCGGUGGUUCCACAGGGGGCUCCAGGAGUACCGCCAGUGGCAGAGGUGCAGCAUGUUGCUGCAGACGUUGCGCAGCCGGAGGCUGUGGGUGCGGGUGUGACCCGUUAUUUGGAGUUUAUGGGCCACAUGCAGAGGAUUGGUACGCCUUUCUUCGAGGGCAGAGUUGGUCCGGAGGAGGCAGACGCGUGGCGUCAGAGAGUGGAGCGGAACUUUCAUUCGAUCCGUUGUCCUAUGGAGUACUGGGUGGAGUUAGCGGUCCACUAUUUGAGUGGCGAUGCUCAUUUGUGGUGGCAGGCCGCGGUGGGCCGGAGGGCAUUUUGGACUUGGGGCGACUUCCUUGUGGAGUUCAACGCCAAGUAUUUCCCGAGGCAGGCUCGUGAUCGUCUUCAGAUGCGGUUUAUGGACAUUGAGCAGGUUGACGAACCGAUUUCUGGAGGGACUUCGCAAGGAUAUCCGGACGCUAUGCAGAGUAGUAUGCACACUUCGAGGGCGAGUCUGGUAGAGUUGGCCGCGUCGGUAGAGGCGGAUUUGAGUGGGCCAGUUGGUCCGGUGGCUGUGCCGUCUGCUCCUGCUACCCAGCCUCGGAGUCAUCAGCAGCAGCCACGCAGCAGCAGCAGCAGCGCAGAGGUGGCGAGUUUCAGUUCUGGUUCUGGCAGGGGCGGUUUGCCUGCGCAGGGUCAGAAGAGGAGUCGAGAGAGAGCUCUGGUGCUAGUCAGUUUCUCGAGGCAGCCGGGUCAUCUCAGACCGGCGUGUCCCCAGUUGCAGAGGAUGGCAGUGGCAGCGAUUCAGCCGGUAGCGGCUCAGCCGGUGAGUCAGAUUGCGGCGGUGCAGCCAGCGGGUCAGAGUGGAUCAGCACCGCGGGGCUAUUCUUCAGUGGAGACCGGCGGGACCAGUCAGGCCGGGCAGAUCACAGGGACCUUGUUAGUGGGCGGUUUUGAGUCCCACGUUUUAUUCGACUCUGGAGCAUCGAAUUGCUUCAUUACACCGGAGCGUGCCGAGAAGAGUGGCAUCCGGAGUAGCGCGGGCGAGAGCGCGGGCAUGGUCAAGGUGGCGGGAGGUGGAUUCUUGUCUACUUUGGGCCGUGCUAGAGGAGUCGAGAUCGAGAUUGCGGGGCAGUCAAUGCCAGCAGACUUAGUCAUCAGUCCGGUGGAGCUGUAUGACGUUAUUCUCGGGAUGGACUGGUUGUCACACUACAGAGUUCAUCUGGAUUGCUACAGAGGUAGAGUGGUCUUCGAGCGAGAUGCAGGGAGGUUGGUUUAUCAGGGAGUGAGACCGACUUCCGGGAGUAUUGUGAUAUCUGCUAUUCAGGCCGAGCAGUUGUUAGAGCGGGGCUGUGAGGCGUAUCUGGCGACGAUUUCUAUGUCUGAGUCAGGAGCUGGAGUUGUUAUGGGAGAUAUUGAGGUUGUCCAGGAUUUUGAGGAUGUCUUUCAGUCACUGAAGGGAUUACCACCAUCUCGGUCUGAUCCUUUCACGAUUGAGUUAGAGCCGGGGACAGCACCGAUAUCGAAGACGCCUUACAGGAUGGCGCCAGCUGAGUUGGCAGAGCUGAAGAAGCAGAUAGAGGACCUUUUGUCUAAGGGGUUCAUUCGACCAAGUGUUUCACCGUGGGGAGCACCGGUGUUGUUUGUGAAGAAGAAGGAUGGCAGUUUCAGACUUUGUAUCGAUUACAGAGGUCUUAACCGAGUCACUGUGAAGAACAGGUACCCACUCCCGAGGAUUGAUGAGUUGUUGGAUCAGUUGAGGGGUGCUACUUGGUUCUCCAAGAUUGACUUGGCAUCGGGGUAUCAUCAGAUCCCGAUAGAUGAGGCAGAUGUCAGGAAGACUGCUUUCAGGACGCGUUAUGGGCAUUUUGAGUUUGUGGUUAUGCCUUUCGGUUUGACUAACGCGCCGGCAGCCUUCAUGAGAUUGAUGAACGACGUGUUCAGGGAGUAUUUGGACGUGUUUGUCAUCAUUUUCAUUGACGAUAUUCUGGUAUACUCGAGGAGUCAGGAGGAGCAUGCGACUCACUUGAGGUUGGUUCUGGAGAAGCUUCGGGAGCAGAAGCUUUUUGCUAAGUUGAGCAAGUGCAGUUUCUGGCAGCGAGAGAUGGGAUUUCUUGGCCACAUUGUUUCUGCAGAGGGAGUUUCUGUGGAUCCGGCUAAGAUUGAGGCUAUCAGAGAUUGGCCUAGACCUAGUAGUGCCACGAGAUCAGGAGUUUUCUGGGUUUGGCAGGAUACUACAGGAGCUGAGUGUGAGGAGAGCUUUAGUCAGCUCAAGGAGAUGUUGACUACUACACCAGUGUUGGCGUUACCCGAGCCAGGGAAGCCUUACAUGGUGUAUACAGAUGCUUCAGGCAUUGGUCUUGGUUGUGUGCUGAUGCAGGAGGGCAGAGUGAUAGCAUAUGCUUCGAGACAGUGGCAGGGCAGUGAGCGUAACCGUCCUACACAUGACUUAGAGUUGGGAGCAGUGAUCUUCGCGUUGAAGAUUUGGAGGUCUUACUUGCUGGGUGAGACAGUACAGGUGAGCAUUAACUACCAUCCGGGCAAGGCUAACCUAGUGGCGGACGCGUUGAGUAGACGGAGGUAUGAUUCCGCAGAGCCUUUGGGUUUAGAGGCAGUGGAUCAGGCGGAUCUACUUAGCAGGAUCAGAGUUGCUCAGCAGAGUGAUCAGAGUUUGCUGGAUGCGACGAGAGUGACUGGUUCUGAGUAUGAGGUCUCUGCGAAUGGGACUAUCUUGGUUCGUGGGCGAGUUUGUGUGCCUAAGGAUGUGGAGUUGAGACAUCAGAUUUUGGGAGAGGCUCAUGCGAGCAAGUUUUCCAUUCAUCCAGGGCGACCAAGAUGUACCAUGACCUCAAGAGGCAGAGCAUCAGGUUCCGGGUGGUCUUUUGCAGAGUUUACCCAUUCCAGAGUGGAAGUGGGACAGGAUUACGAUGGAUUUCGUGGUUGGACUACCUGUUUCGAGGACUUUCGAUGCUAUUGGGUGAUUGUGGAUCGGUUGACUAAGUCUGCACAUUUCUUGGCCAUCAAGAAGACAGAUGGAGCUGCUGUCUUGGCUAGGAAGUUUGUGCGAGAGAUUGUGAGGCUGCAUGGAGUGCCAGCUAGUAUUGUGUCAGACCGUGAUCCCAGAUUCACUUCAGAGUUUUGGAGGGCGUUUCAGGCAGAGAUGGGCACUAAGGUGCAUCUGAGUACAGCUUAUCAUCCGCAGACAGAUGGUCAGUCAGAGAGGACUAUUCAGACUUUGGAGGAUUUGCUGAGGAUGUGUGUGUUGGAUUGGGGUGGCCAUUGGGCAGAUCACCUGAGCUUAGACACCCCUAUGCUGGACCCAAGUGGGGGAGCGCAGCAUGUAUGGAGCUACUUAUGUUCAGGAGACGACAGAGAAGGUCGUGUUGUGAGGCUGAACAUGAAGGAGGCUCAGGAUAGGCAGAAGAGUUAUGCAGAUAGACGCAGACGAGAGCUUGAGUUUCAGGUGGGAGAUAGAGUUUAUCUCAAGAUGGCUAUGUUGAGGGGUCCUAACAGAUCCAUAGCAGAGAACAAGCUGAGUCCGCGUUUUAUGGGUCCGUUUCCAGUAGUGGAGCGAGUUGGGCCAUUGGCUUACAGGCUGGAGUUGCCUGAGAUUAUGAAAGCCUUUCACAAGGUUUUUCAUGUGUCGAUGCUGAGGAAGUGUCUUCACCCUACAGAGGAGUUAGUGGCUAGGAUUCCAGAGGAUCUUCAGCCAGAUUUGACAGUGCCGGCAGUGCCUGUGAGGAUUUUAGAGAGGAGGGAAAAGGUUCUGAGGAACAAGAGGAUUCCCUUACUGAGGAUUUUGUGGGAUUGCAGUGGUUCUACAGAGGAGACUUGGGAGCCAGAGGCAAAGAUGAAGUUGAAGUUCAGGAAGUGGUUCGACAAGCAGGUCGAGGAGUGA